CAUUGAGUUGAACUUCCUUUUUACAUUAAUACGUGAAACAUUUUCACAAAAGGAGUUCCUUUCUGCUUAAAUACCGGUCACUAUGGGAGAGAAACUAGUGUUAGUUGGUUGAUAUUGAAGCUGUCCGAUAGCGUAAGUCUAAAUACAGAAAAGGAUAAAACUCCAAAAAUAUGCAAAGAAGAACCUCAUUAACUUCUAAGGAAAUGAGGAAGCUGUAAGAGUCAUCCAAGUCAUCCAAGAAGCGACUGUAACCAUUUCAUCUGCACCAAAAAUGUCUGGAACUGUGAAUGGUGGUAUGGAUAAAGGUUCAAUAAUGGACUCGGAAGACCGGAUAGAAAAGACUGUCGAUAUCUACAUCACUGCAGAAGCUGUAAGAGACAUGAAACAUAAGAAAGACACUGAGGACAUCAAUGCAACAACCCUUAAAACAGCCCAACCUACAGGAAGUGAUGGUGUGAAGAUCAGGAGCUCCAGAGCAGCUGUGGUGUGUUUGGUGUUGCUGUGUGUUCUUCUGCUGACCGCGGUCACUGCACUGGGGGUGUACAUCCAUAAGACGGGCGCAAACUACGCAGAAGAGAGGCGGCAGCUGUUAAGCAACAUCACCAACUUCGCAGAAGAGAGUCAACUGCUGUCAAGCGAAAUCGCCAACCUCACAAAAGAGAAACAGUGGCUUCUAACCAACAUUACCAACUUAAUUCAGCUAAAUGUACAGUUCAAUCAAGAGAAAAACGAACUGAUAAAGUUUUUUCAAGAUGGAUGGAUUUACUAUCAGUUCGGUCUUUACUACGUUUCCAAUGAGACGAAGAACUGGACCGAGAGCAGAAGAUACUGUACAGAGAGAGGAGCAGAUCUAGUGAUCAUAGAGAACAGACAAAAACAAGAUUAUGUGAAGAAGAUAUCCAAUGGAAGUGACGUCUGGAUUGGUCUGACCGACAGUGAAGUAGAGGGAACAUGGAAAUGGGUUGAUAACAGCACCCUGCCCUCUGGCUCUGGGUUCUGGAAACAAGGAGAACCUAAUGGAGGUACAGAUGAGAACUGCGCUUUCAGUGGUUCAGCAGGACUGUUUGAUUAUAUAUGUUCUAACCUUUUAAAAUGGAUCUGCGAGAGGAAAAAUAUAAAAUGACAUUAUUAUUUGCAUAUAUGCUGGAACAUUUAAACAUUUUUGACAUUUUCUAUUUUUCACUUACUACCAUUAGCCUAUAAUGUAAAAUACUUUUUUUAAUAUUCAAGUCUUAGGAAUAGUUUACCCCAAAAUUAUAAUUCUGCCAUUAAUUACUGACACUCAUGUUCUUCCAAAUCCGUAAGAUCUUCAUCUAUCUUUGGAACACAACUUAACAUCAUUUUGAUAAAAUCCGAGAGCUCUCUGAUCCCCCCACAAGAUCCUAACACAAUCAAGGUCCGGAAACGUAGCAAGGACAUCGGGUUCAACCAGAAUUUUAGGAAGCUACUAGAAUACUUUUUGUUUUUUCUUGCAUUUUCUUUUCAGUUUUGUUACUGAAUGAUUCAGCAUUUUGAACAAAUCAGUUCAAUCAAUGACUCACAAGUGACUUACUGCCACCUACUGGUGGUUUAGGAUGUUUAGGACAAUUUCUUUUUGACGUGACAUAAUGACGCAGUACUGUGCUCGAAUAUCCUGCAAAAAAAACAAUGCAUAAUUUUUCGCCACAUACCACAAAAAAUGAUAGACCUGGAGUUGCCCAGAUCCAGAUUAAAGAGUUGACGGUGACUAGCCACUGGUGACGUUAUCAAUGAAACACAAAGAUGCGAAUGUUUUGCAACAUGCCACAAUUUGCUAAUUUAUUAGAAGGAAAAAAGAUACAAGUUCUGUCAUACAUCUCGUGAAAAAGUAGCAAAAACAAUGCAACGUUAGCACUGAAUAGUUUUUGUGCAAAACAAUUGCAUAGUCAACACUGUUCGUAUCACUAACAACGUAACUCACAAAAUACAAAGUCUAUAAGCCUACUCACUGUCAGAGUGAUAUCUUCAAUUCGUAUAAACCAAUGAAAGGUUAGAUAAAUAAAAUAAAAGAUGAAAAUGAUUAACAAUGCAGAUUCGUUUUCACUGUUUUCUGUGGACAUAUUUUCCAGGGGUGCCAAUACUUUUGGCCAUAAGUGUUUUUCAGCCACAAUUCGUUUUUUUUUUCCAGCUUCAUCUUUAGAAAAAUAUUUCCACACACUUGAUAUGCCUCCGCUGCUUUGCUGCAAUGUUGUUUCUGUCAAAAUCACAGCAAAAAGCCUCAUGUCGGAGCAGUAAAGUUGAGCAGUCUCCACACCCAUGAUUUGGUUUAUUAGCAGGGGGCAUAUCAUUGGAAAAAAAAUUAAGAAUACAUUUUAGUACGAAAGUUUUUGAUGAAUCAUGAGUUAUUUGUGAAAACAUGUUUAGUGAAUGAGACCCAUUAUUUUGUGUAUUUGGUGUAAAGCAGUUAUAUAUCACUUUCCACAUAUUGUACAUUGUUGUUUCUCCUCUAAGCCUUGCCUUUCUGUAAUGCUUCAAUCUGUACAAAGCUCAUCUCAAGUGUGCGAUAGAAAUGUUACUCUCCUUCCUAUAAUGUGAUGCUGUGUGCCAGCGCUAUGACACAAAAACAAUAAAAGCCAUUCAAAAGAGG